CAAGCAAGCAUAGAUGAGAGAAAUGUUGAUCUUCCGCUUUCUAUUCUUCUUCCUAUGGUUUCUUCAUCUUCUGCAACUUUCUGUAGGGCAGAAAGAUGACUGCAAGCCUUCUCAGUGUCAUGUGUAUGGACCUAGUAUAGAAUUCCCAUUCCGAAUAAAGGGCCAGCAGCCUAAGCACUGCGGACUCCCUGGGUUUGAGCUGACUUGCAAGGAUACAGACACCAUCAUACAACUUCCAUCUGUUGGGGAGUUUCUUGUUUAUCACAUCUCGUAUUCAACCCAUAGCAUAUCUGUUGGGAAACAUUGCCUUGCAGAAUUCGUCUUUGGGUUUGAUGCUGCUAAUAAUAAUAGCUCAUCAUCAUCAUCAUCUGCAUCUUCUUAUCCAUUCCAUUACUUCUGUAACACGAAGAAUUACUCGUUCUUUAGCUGCCCAACUCACUAUGCAUCCGAUUCUUUCGGCAUCUACGUAGUACCCUGUUUAAGCAAUGCUUUACAUACAGUUGUCUUCAUGGAUCCAUCUUUUGACCUGGCAUUGUUGCCAGAGUCUUGCAGCGUCAUGGCAACUGUUGCAGUUCCAAUCGUGCCAUUUCACUAUGCCUAUGGUUACCAAGGUUAUUACAGCAAUCCUGAAAAAGAUUAUUAUGGUGAAUACGAUGGUUCUGUAUGCAUUGGGGAUUAUAGGGAUCCUUCCUGGGUCUAUUAUGCGAGCUCCUUUUAUCCCAGAUACCUCCAAAAAGAUUUCAGUAGUUUGAGUUUGAAAUGGGAAGUACCAGGGUGUAACUGCAGCAAGGUAGGAGAGAGAUGCAGAUUCAAGAACAAAACCACUCAGGAGCUGGGAUGUAAAUUGGUAAAAGAUGUUGCCAUAGGAGGAGUAAGCAUUGCCUUGUUGGUUCUCAUAGCAGCAAUAGGUGUCUCUAUCAAGGUCUACAAGUCACGAAAUUUGGCUAACAAGAAAGCAAGACAAGAUCAACUCAAGGUUGAGAAAUUCCUGGAGGAUUACAAGUCUCUCAAACCCACCAGACACUCUUAUUCUGAGAUUAAGGAGAUGACUAUUCAAUAUAAAUGCAAAUUAGGACAAGGAGGCUAUGGCAGUGUGUUCAAAGGAGAGCUCUCAGAUGGAAAUCUUGUUGCUGUAAAGAUCCUCAAAUUACCAGCUAGUCAUGGAGAUGAUUUUAUCAAUGAAGUGGGCACCAUCGGUAGGAUUCACCAUGUCAAUGUGGUCCGUCUUCUUGGGUACUGCGCAGAAGGAUACAAGAGAGCAUUGAUCUAUGAAUUCAUGCCCAAUGAAUCACUAGAGAAAUUCAUAUUCUCCGAAGAUGCUAACAACCCUCUGCGACACUGGAAGAAGCUUCAGGAUAUUGCAAAAGGUAUAGCUAGAGGAAUUGAAUACCUUCAUCAAGGUUGUGACCAGAGUAUCCUCCAUUUUGAUAUCAAGCCUCACAAUAUUCUACUAGACAAAAGUUUUAAUCCCAAAAUAACUGAUUUUGGGUUGGCAAAGUUUUGUGCCAAAGGUCAAAGCAAUGUUUCGAUGACAGCUGCUAGGGGAACAAUGGGUUAUAUUGCACCAGAAGUCUUCUCCCGGAACUUUGGUAAUGUUUCCUAUAAAUCAGAUGUUUACAGUUUUGGGAUGUUGUUGCUUGAAAUGCUGGGAGGAAGGAAGAAUAUAGAGGCCUCAGUUGAGCACUCCAGCCAAGUAUACUUCCCUGAAUGGAUUUAUAAUCGCCUACAUCAAGGGGAAGAGCUGGGUUUGAGGAUAGUUGCAGAAGAAGAUGCCGAAAUUGCAAGGAGAUUGACCAUUGUUGCAACUUGGUGCAUACAGUGGUACCCAUCGGGUCGCCCUUUAAUGAAAACUGUGAUUCGGAUGUUGGAAGGAGAAAUUGAUAACUUGGAAAUGCCGCCUAACCCCUUUGUUUCAAUGGCUUCAGGAGAGGCAUAGGCUGAUGCAGCAAUCUUUGUUUCAAUAGCUCCAGGA